AAACUUUGCUUUUCAUUAAGGCAGUUUCUAUCCAGAUUGCUCUUUAGGUUAAAUUAAGAGUGUGUUUUGCAAAGAAUCUUUAAGAAUUAUCUAACCAUCAAAAGACUCCUGCACAGAGAUCCAGGAACCUACUAUAUGGAGGAGGUGCUUAAAAAGUUUUGGAAAGUAGAGAGUUAACAUAUAACUGACUCAACUCUGAUCAAACAGGGAUCCCUGUUAGCCCUGGCAAACAUAGGGUUAUUGAAGGACUGGGCUAAAAGUAUUACUGUGUUGGUCUCUUAGGCAUAAGCAUUUCUGGGAAAGUUUUACCAGGUGUGGAUUAAAACAAGGUGUGGGAGAACCACAUUUUUUUGCCUUCUCUGUGGGAUGAAACGUGGGUGAUGUCUGAGAGAGUUUCAGAAGAACCGAGCUUGGAUAAAGGGGAUGGAGCUGAAGAGUGUGACUUGGAUGAUCCUGAAUUAAAAGCCAUCAGAAUGCGAGUGCGGGAAAUGGAGGAGGAGGCAGAGCGCCUGAAGGGGUUAUCUGGAGAGGAUAAGAGUAUUGGAGUUAGUUCCAGGCCCUGCAUGAAAUUGAUACAUUCGAAGAUGACAGCAGGAGCAUAUACUGAGGGUCCCCCUCGGCCUCUGAGUGCAGAGGAGAAGAAAGAAAUUGACAAGCGAUCAGUUUAUGUUGGUAAUGUGGAUUACGGAGGUACAGCUCAGGAUCUGGAGGCGCAUUUUAGUAGCUGUGGUUCAAUCAAUCGCAUCACUAUUCUAUGUGACAAAUUCUCUGGACAUCCAAAGGGAUAUGCAUAUAUUGAGUUUGCAGAGAGGAACUCUGUAGAUGUUGCAGUGGCAAUGGAUGAAACUGUAUUCCGAGGACGAACAAUUAAGGUCCUACCCAAGAGAACGAACAUGCCAGGAAUUAGUACCACAGACAGGGGUGGGUUCCGUGGCAGACCUCGAGGAAACAGAGGAAAUUACCAGAGAGGACAAAGACCGAGAGGAAGGCCUUUCAGAGGUCGUGGAAGACCAGGUCCAUUGAAUAACCCCUACUGAAUGAAAAGAGCCUUGUAGCUCUAUGUGCACUUCAUAUACCUGACAAGAGGAUGGAGAAUGCUUCAUCAUGAUUUAUCUUCCACCUGAGGAUGCUCUAUGUAUGUCUAGGCCAAAGAAAUGUAAUAUUGUGAAAACCCAGAUGGCACCAAGACGAUGUUAUGGGGAUUUUGUGCUACUGAACUACAGUAUGUAAAUAGCUCUGUCCUAGAAAAACCUAUUUAAUGUUCAUGUACUGCAUUAUGUUGGUUACUAAAAUAAACAAUUGUGGUGCUUUCAGGCCUUGUCAAAAAAUACUAGUGUAUUUCUUUUUGCUUGCAUAACAUAUUUGAUUUACCAAGGAAGGCAAAGUAUACUCUUUUACUGCAAAGAAAACUAAAGAGUUCUUUCAGCCAUGCCAUGGUCACCUUUUGCCCUAUAAAUAACAUUGGCAUUAAGCAGCAUGUGAACUUUAAAGUGACACUAAAAAAAACUACUCUUCAAAAUUUGAAUUAUUAUUGAAUGUGAAUAAUUGUGUAUAUAAUAUACCCCUUUUUUGUCUCUUCGGUGUAUUGGAAUAAGAUACUUGGCUGCUUGUUUGUUUGGCUAAAGAAAGGAAGCAAUAGAUUUGUUGUAAUUAAAGCAAUAUGCAAAAAGUAUGUUUAA